AUGAUAUUGGUUCAACAUGUAUUUAUUUUAUUCUUCACUAUCUAUUUAAUUCCAUGUGAAACUCUUAAAUGUUAUGAAUGUACAGGAUAUAUACCUUGUGGACAAGGUGAAACUCAUCUUAUGGUUGAUUGUUCAGGGAAAUGUAUGGUCUAUAGAAAUCAAUAUGAUGGUGGUACAAUAAUUCGACGUUGUUGUACAAAUGAUUGUGGUGAUAAUGGUUUAAGUAUUUAUGAAGGAAGAAAUCCGAGUUAUUUUUGUUCCGAAGAUUUAUGUAAUGGUGUUCUUGCAGAUGGAAGAUUAUCAGGAGAAAUUAUUGAUCCAUUAUUAACAACUACAACAUCAGUUUUAUUAACGACGAAUUAUGUCUCAUCACAAGAGCCAAGUUCAUCUUUAAGUUGUUAUGAUUGUACUGGUUAUAAUCCACAAUGUGGUAUUGAUGAAUCAACAUUAAUUCAUGGAUGUCGAGCAUGUAUGGUUUAUCUUAAUCAAUUUGAUGCUAAUACAAUCAUUCGACGAUGUUGCACAUCAGGUUGUGGAUUACCUGGAACUAUUGAUGAUUAUGAAGGUCGUAGAACAUAUUUUUGUUCUUCAAAUAAAUGUAAUGGAAUUGGAACAGAGGCAAUACUUAAUGGUGGAACAGUUUUAACUUCUACAACGCCGUGGCCUACUUCAUUAACUACCACUGUACAAUCAUCAUUUCAAUGUUAUGAUUGUUCAGGACCAGGUUGCGGUCAAGAAGGAUCACCAUUAACAAUGAAUUGUCCUACUUGUAUGGUAUAUCGAAAUCCAGAUGAUCAAACAAGAAUUGAACGACGUUGUUGUUGGUGGGCAUGUGGAUCGUCAAAUUCUGUUAGUACAUACAAUGGAAUACAAACUUAUUUUUGUUCAAAUGAUAAAUGUAAUGGAUAUGGAGCGGAAAAUAUACUUCCUCCUCCAGUACUAACAACAACACCAAACAUUAUUAUCCUAACUACUACAACAACAACAACAACAACAACAACAACAACAACUGUGACACCUACGACUUGUAUACUUAAUUGUCAAAAUGGUGGUACACCAGAAAUCGAUAAUGGUUGUUUUUGUUAUUGUCUAGAACACACAAGUGGUCCUGAAUGUGAAAAUAUUAUUUGUAGUCAACCGGAUGUUAAUCCUCAAAUAUGUAGUUUGGAAAAUCAACAAUUAUGUGGACAAAGUGAAAUAUUUGCAUCUCAAUGUCUUCAUUUAUGUGGAAAAUGUUAA